CACUGUUCCAGCAACGACGUCGCCCCGCACGCAUCAAUCGCACGAGCGCACACACAGUCCGCGUUCACGAUGCUCGCACGACAUGCUCCCGCCUCGACGGCCCUCGCCGCGGCCGCCCACCGCGCGCCGCUCGCCGCAACCGCAGCCACUCGCCUUUCGACCGCGAGCGCCCCGUCGCCGCAGCAGAAGCGCUCUCUGGCCACGGUGAACGAUGCCGCGCCCAAGCGCACAUACGGCGGCCUCAAGGACCAGGACCGCAUCUUCCAGAACCUGUACGGCCACCACGGCGCCGACCUGAAGAGCGCGAUGAAGUACGGCGACUGGCACAAGACGAAGGAGAUCCUCCUCAAGGGCGACGACUGGAUCAUCUCCGAGAUCAAGGCCUCCGGUCUGCGUGGCCGAGGCGGUGCUGGUUUCCCCUCGGGUCUGAAAUGGUCUUUCAUGAACGCCAAGGGCUGGGAGAACGACUCCAAGCCCCGCUACCUCGUUGUCAACGCCGACGAGGGCGAGCCCGGCACGUGCAAGGACCGUGAGAUCAUGCGUAAGGAUCCUCACAAGCUCAUCGAGGGCUGUCUCGUCGCCGGCCGCGCCAUGAACGCUACCGCCGCCUACAUCUACAUCCGCGGCGAGUUCUACCACGAGGCCACUGUUCUCGAGCGCGCCAUCCAGGAGGCAUACCAGGCCGGCCUCAUUGGCAAGAACGCCUGCGGCUCCGGAUACGACUUCGACGUCUACGUCCACCGCGGUAUGGGUGCCUACGUCUGCGGCGAGGAGACCUCCCUCAUCGAGUCGCUCGAGGGCAAGCCCGGAAAGCCCCGUCUCAAGCCCCCGUUCCCCGCUGCCGUGGGUCUAUUCGGAUGCCCUUCGACCGUCGCCAAUGUCGAGACAAUCGCUGUUGCACCCACCAUCCUCCGACGAGGAGGCAGCUGGUUCGCCGGCUUCGGCCGUGAGCGCAACGCUGGCACCAAGCUCUUUGCCAUCUCCGGCCAUGUCAACCACCCCUGCACCGUCGAGGAGGAGAUGUCCAUUCCUCUCCGCGAGCUGAUCGACCGUCACUGCGGCGGUGUCAAGGGCGGCUGGGACAACCUCCUCGCCGUCAUCCCCGGUGGCUCCUCGACUCCCGUCCUGCCCAGGCACAUCUGCGACGACCAGCUGAUGGACUUUGACGCGCUCAAGGACGCACAGUCCGGAUUCGGAACCGCUGCCGUCAUCGUCAUGGACAAGUCGACCGACAUCGUCCGCGCCAUCACCCGCCUCGCCAAGUUCUACCACCAUGAGUCCUGUGGCCAGUGCACGCCCUGCCGCGAGGGCUCCAAGUGGACCCACCAGAUCAUGGACCGCUUCUACAAGGGCCAAGCGCGCGAGCGCGAAAUCGAUAUGCUCCAGGAGCUUACCAAGCAGGUUGAGGGCCACACCAUCUGCGCGCUGGGAGAGGCGUUUGCUUGGCCGCUGCAGGGUCUCAUCAGGCAUUUCCGCCCGGAGCUCGAGGCUAGGAUAAAGGACUAUGGAUUGAAGAACGGUGGUGAGGCGCUGGCUGGUGGCUGGGCCCACGAUGCUGGAAAGAGGGGCCAGCUUGUCUCGCCGGGUCAGUAGAUGUAAGAAGGCAGUGAGGGAUCAAGAUGGAGUGUCUUGUACAAUGCAUGUUCCUUUUGUUUGAGCUUUUCUUGGGCGGCUGUAUAUAGUUCAGCAGAUCUGAAUUCAACUAUCAACGUUCACCAGUCUGUCACGCACAAGCGGUCCCCCAUCCCACAAACACCACAAACGCCAGGCUCGAAGCAACCCAACCAGUAUCCCCGCGUCUCCAACGCUAUCCAUCCUACCCCAAGCAUAUCCCCACAAACUCCUCCCGACUAAUUGCAUUGUCCCCGUCCAUAUCGAACUCCUCAAUCAUGGCUACCAGCUCGUCGUUCCCCAGCGUCUCGCCCAGCUCCCGCGCCACCCGCUGCAAGUCCUGCAGCGUAAUGCGCCCCUUGCCGCCCUCGUCGAACAG